AAGCCAAGUGUACCUAAUCUGAAAGUUAACGAAAGUUUGACGAUUCAAGAGCCCACACGAGCUCAGUCAAAAAAGUACGUCAAUGCUCAACCAUCGCUGAGUAAACAAACUUUACGAAAUUCAUGUUGCUUUGUAAAACAAAAAGAUAUUAAAAUUCCAAAAUUAUAUUUACCAGUCGACAAUGUUGACACUGUUUGUCACGGAGGAAAUUGUUUUACACCAAGGUAUCGUAAAAAUGAAGCAGUUAAAGAUAUUGAGAAGUUUGUGCGUUGUGCUAGAACUUCAAAAGCUCGAUGCCAUAUGCACAAAAAUUCUGCAACUGGUUUUAAUAUUUCACCUGCAGGACUUCAAGAAUACACGCGUGUAAUGGGUUGUAAAAAUGUUUUCACAGCGGUGCAGCGUCGAAUAAAUUAA